CCUAACCUACCAUCAGAUUCCGGCUCACUUCCUGACCUUCGUCACUAGCGGCGGCGAGUCCUGGAGCUUCGCCAGCAGCAUGAGCUUCGCGGGCUUCAAAGGCUACACGAAUACCCUCCCGGACCCUGGUCGACAGCCCACCAACUUGGCGGUGCUGGGUCGUAGUGGUAGGCAUAUUCAGAUCUGCCUCACCUUAUUCAGCAUCCGCGAGUAUCCCUUGCACGCCUUGCCCCGAGAAGCGGACCCCGCUAGAACGCCGCGCUGGGAGACGCACUCCGCGGUCGUGUACGUUCACUUUGACAUUAUCGAGGGCACGGCGGUGUGGUUGCUCGCUAGCCCCCGAUCGUAUCAUCCGGAAAGGGGUCAAGGGACGCAGAACCUGCUUUGGAACAGUUUGAAAGACGGCAUGGCGGGUGACAUGGACGGGCUUCGGUCGCUCGACGUCCCCGAGCGAUUCCGCAUCAGUGUUGACAGUCUCCUCGCCGCUGCCGAGUGGUCCAUCGGGAUGUUUUCACAUCACGUCCAGGACACGGAGAAGAGGCUCUACGACUUGGUGAGUCCGGUUUGCCACACGACGUGAGAGGUGCAGCAGAAGUCGAAACCAUGCUGAGAUUUGAUCCAGACCAAGCCGUACGUGUAUCCGUAUGACGACGAGGAGAUGGUCGACGACAAGGCAAGCGAAUCAAUCCACGCCCAGGACCUCCGUAGAAUGGCGUUCUUGAU